AUGGCUGCCUCUGAAGUCGACAUGAAGUUCCUGGCUCAAUUUGCUACUAACAUCCAAAUGGACCAUCCCUUUCUGGCCAAAAAUCUAUUUCAAAUCUUGGGAAAUUUGACAAUGCUCACCGACAAAGUUAUUAGGGCCCGGAAACUUCGACGACUCGAUACAACGCGUGAUACCAAGUCGGUGGAUCUGUACUGCCGCAUCAUCUGGUAUGCUCGCGAAGGUCUCAAACUGCUAGAGGAGUACGUCCUCCCAAUGGUCGCAAAUUUCAGCCAGCUCAAGGUCCUCUCCUAUAAGUUACGCGCAUCAUAUUAUCAUCUCUACGUCUUAUACCAUAAUUCACCGAAGGUGGCCAUGAGGGCCAGCAACCAAGUCCAUACGCCUCCAGGUCUCAAGUCGCCUCGAGUAGCAAAGCUCGAUAAAGGAAAAGGCCUUGAUCGCAACUCACCCGGUGAUGAUAUUUUCCGACCCAGUUCUGUGCAGCCGACUCAUCCUUUGGAAGGCGGUCCUGUCGGUGGCCCUCAAGGCAUCACCUAUCCGCCACCAGAAUUCGCACCCAAUUUCUUAGUUCCAGCUGCGGACUACCGGCCUAUAGCUCUCCAAUGCUUCCAAGAAGCCACUACUCUGACAGAGAAGCUGCUGUGGGGAAGCCAUCCUCUCCGGCUCUCCGUUCGAGUCGAGUAUGUCGCCUUCCUGUACGAUUGUCUCCACGAAAGGGAAAGCUCGCGACAGCUGGCUAAAGUAACUAUUGCUGAGGUAUAUAAUGCGCAAGAGGGCAUGGAUGAUGACAUGUUUGAGGAUGCGGCUGGGCUGGUGGGACUCUUGGGGAAAAUGGUAAAACGUGGUUUGGGGUCUGGAGGGUCUGGAAGUACUCCUGGUGCAGGCAGCUCUGGUACGAGAGCAACCCCACCAUCAAAGAGCAACGCUGCAGGGAGUCGGGUCGCGGUUCCGAGCCCAGGGAUGGAUAAUCCGAUAUAA